AUGCAAGCAGUGGUGAGCACAACGUCGUAUCGCCAGCGCCUUUAUGCAUCGGUCAGUACCACCAAUGCGCUACCCGCACCUUGCAACCAGAGCCAGAUAAAUGAGAUUUUAGAGGAAGAACUCAACGGCAAUGUUCUGUGGGAAGAAAAAUUGCUCCCCCAAGAUGUUGAAUCCGUCAUGGACGCCAUUUUCAUCCAAUCCGAUUUUACCCCAGAAGAUAUCAGUCGUAUUCAUUAUCAAUCAUUCGAGUCUAGCUCAGGGAGGAGAAGUACCGGAGUGCCUGUUUUCAUACCUGCUGGCAGGGGCGCGAGUGGGACGUGGCAACCUGAUACGAGGAACGUUCAACCAAGGACGUUGGCGAACACCAGGGCUACCAAAAGGCAGAGGGCGCAGAAACAGAGGGAAAAGACGCAAAAUACACGACCGCGUUCGCAGAUGAGCGCGGUGGCGUCCGCGGUGAUCGAUACAGAAGUGGAGGGGUGGAAUUCUUUGACAGCAUCUCAUGCCGAUAAGAGCUUCAGCACCCAAGAAUACGACUACAAGAAUUCGAACAAAAAGCGGAUCAAAAUAUCGGCGAUGGCAGAGGGCAGGUGGACCCUGCUCUUCAAUACCGUGCAAGCCAUCAUGUAUUCGUUGUAUGCGAAAUGUUUCCCAAAUCCCUCAAAAUCAUUCCCCUUCCGGCCCAUGGAUCUUGUCUGUGGCCAGCCAAAGCGUAUCUGGUCUUCCAAAUUUUCUACUAUUGUCGUCCCGGACGAUACCAACGCACAAAAGCCAGACAUUGUCCUCGUCAAUUGCAGCCUAGGUGACUCCUCGUUACGAUGGUGCAACAUCAUCACAUGCGUGGAGCUUACGGACAGCGAACUAAGCACGCAAAUACCUUUAUAUCGGGGUUCCGCCACCAAAGGGUAUCUUUUAAUGCGAGAGCAACCCUGGCGCCGAUUCGUCUUCAUCUUCUCUAUCGCCCACAACCAACUUCGCUUACAUUACUUCGACCGCUCGGGUCUUAUCAUUUCCCGCCCCAUCUCCAUCACCAAAAACCCGGUACGUCUUCUCGACGUCUUAAAUACUGUCACUCUCGCGCACACCAACACCCUCGGUUUCGAUCCCACGAUGCACAUGUGCGAUUGUACCUGCAAGAACACGCACCAUGAUCUGAGGGAGAAAGCGAUAGGUUGGAUAGAGGGUAAAGACGGGACUCACUUGUCAAUCAUGAGCAUUCUUUGGCGAAGCCAAGGUUUCUUCUCCCGUGGCACCAUUUGCUACCGCGUUCAGACUCCAGGCGGAGAUGAGUACGCACUGAAAGACUGUUGGGUUCCUGAAGACAGGAGAUAUCACGAGGGAAACGUACUUCGGAUGGUUGCGGGCGUCCCCAACGUAGUGAGGCUCGUGGAUGAGUGGGACGUCCUUUACGAUGGGAUGCCGGACUGCACAGAUCGCAUUCGAGCAUCUCGUGGUAUGAGUAGUGCUGGGUUCAUCCGCAGGUACCACCGGCGCCUUCUUUUGAGCCCGUGUGGAGAGCCCCUCAUGACCUAUUCCUCAAGGACAGAGCUAUUAAAAGCCUUCCAUGACAUAGUCGUUGCUCAUAGCUUAAUGCUCAAAUGCAAUGUCCUCCAUGGAGACCUGAGCCCGAAUAAUUUCAUAAUUUACGACGGUCAAGGGUAUUUUAUCGAUUUUGAUCAUGCCGGGAUCACCACUGAUAGCAACAGUAUUCGAUCGGAAGGCACGGGUACCAGGCCUUAUAUGUCGAUCCGCCUGCUGCGAGAGGGUAGUAAUAACAAUGGGAACGAAGUGACGGUCUUUCACACAGCUGGUGAUGACCUGGAGUCGCUAUUCUACAUCUUCGUCGAAUUUGCGACUACCUUCGAUGGGCCACACGCCAUGACCAAAGACAAUGCCCGAAAGCCCAUGUGGUAUGACUACUGGCUCCUCAUGGGUGACAAUUCCUGGGCUCCAAAGCAAGGAUUGGUGCUCUCGCAUUCCGGCGACAGGUCGCUAAUGUCACAAACAACGUCGUUCUUUGGGCCAUUCGGUCCAAUUAUUCAAGAGUGGCGUCUUUUGAUUCGCGCGGCCGCCGAGGCCGCAAGCCAAACAAAUGGCCCUCCCUCCGGCGUAUCUCAUGAGGAGCUUGCUACGCUCCUCCAUAAAUGGCUCUCUCAGCUCCCCCCAGAGAUACCCGAAGAUGUUCCGUCCGCUACAGCAUCACCCCUCUCUGUAGCAUCAUCAUCGAGAAUAACUCGACCUUCGGGCCCAAACAACAUAAUGCAACCGGCUACGGCUCUUCGUCGUUCUGCACGCAUCCAAAUGAAAUUAUGA